AUGUCGUCGAGCAAAGAACGUGUGUUUGUGACUGCAGCGAGUGGAAAUAUUGGUAGUGGUAUUGUGCGUGGCCUUGUUAAAAAAGGAAUCGACACAACAGCAUAUGUACGAGACGAACAGAAAGCUGAAGAUAUGUUUAAAGAUGAAAUGAAAACUGGUCAUCUUAAAUUUGUCGUUGGUACCUACUCGUCUAUCGAUGUAUUUACAAAAGCAAUUCAAGGACAUACUCGUCUCUUUCUUCUCGUUGCUGCUGCUGGCACUAAGCCAACAGCAAUGAGUGAAAUCAAAGAAACUUUUGCCAAGAUCGCUUUUGAACAAGGUGUUCGGCAAAUUGUUGAUCUCUCUUCAGCUUUUGUCACCAGUUAUGGUAGAAAAGGCAUCAUCGGAUACAUACAUACGGCAGCUGAAGAGAAGCUGUGGAAACUUGCUGAUGAAAAUCCUGAACAACGUUCACUGGUUGUACUUCGUCCCGGAUCAUUCAUGUCCAAUCAUUUUAUGCAUGAUGUUCAUAGUAUCAAAGAUUCAAAUAUAUUUGUCUCUUGUGGAUUACCUUCGUCGCCAAUGACUUGGAUUGAUACAAAAGAUAUAUCUGAUUGUGCUGUAGCUGUUUUGAGUGAAUCAGUAGAAAAACAUGAUCGUAAUGUUUAUGACAUGGGUGCUGAGAAAUUGAGUAAUGAACAACGAGCAGCUAUUUUUUCCAAAGUGUUAGGCAGAUCGAUCGUAUAUAAACAAUUAUCGAUGGAAGAUUUCUACAAAAAAGUUACUGGCAGUGGAAUGUCUCAUUCGUUUGUUUACCACUUUACAAUGGUUGCUUCGAAAGACAUCUGUGAAACAACCACUCCAGAAAUAGCCAUUAUUAUUGGUCGACCACUACGUACAUUUGAAGAAUGGCUAAGACAGAACGCCAAAGCAUUUGAAUAA